UUUUACCUUUUCUAUCUAAACCAACUUUCUUUCAUCCUCAAGAUGGCUACUUUUUUUGGUUCCCCACCAAUUUUCUCCCUUCCCCUUCCCAGAACUCAUCACAUUUCUUCUUCAACAGGAACUCCACCACCAACUCCUCCACCAGUUCCUCCACCACAAUCUCAGCCCCCGGUGUCCAAUGAAGCUAAGCAACAGAAGCCCAUCAAACCAGUCACUUCAUCCACUAAGGUUGAAUCCACAGAUUGGAUAGCCACUUCCUUGACCAGAAGGUUUGGGCUAGGAGCAGGUCUUGCAUGGGUUGGUUUUCUUGCAUUUGGUGUCAUCUCAGAACAAAUCAAGACUCGCCUUGAAGUGUCUCAGCAAGAGGCAAAUACAAGGAAUGUUGAGAAGGUGGAAGAGGUGCUGCUGCCUAAUGGCAUAAGGUACUAUGAAUUGAAAGUUGGUGGUGGUGCUUCACCAAGACCUGGUGAUCUGGUUGUGAUUGAUAUCAUGGGAAAAGUUGAAAACAAUGGAGAAGUGUUUGUGAACACAUUUGAAGGAGAGAAGAAAGCAUUGGCUCUAGUGAUGGGAUCAAGGCCAUACAGUAAGGGAGUGUGUGAAGGGAUAGAAUAUGUGCUAAAAACUAUGAGGGCUGGAGGCAAAAGGAAGGUAAUAGUCCCUCCUCAGUUGGGGUUUGGAGAGAAUGGUGCUGACUUAGGCACUGGUGUGCAAAUUCCUCCAUUUGCAACCCUUGAGUAUAUUGUAGAGGUUGACAAAGUCUCCAUUGCUCCUGCUUAAUGAUUGAAUGCAAAUUUUCCUCUAGUAAGUCCUACCAUUGUUCAUAAUUCCUUAAACCGAUAAUGCAGGUUGCUCAGCUUGUAUCAUAUAAGAUUAUUAUCCAUUUUUUCUCUCAUUCUUUUCAAUUGGAUUGAAAGGUAAUAUACAUUUCAACAGUGAACAAGUUUGUCUAACUGCAAUAAUAUCAACUGUUAGCAGUAAUAUUCAACUUGUACC